UCCCUCCCACUAGAGGCUUACAACAGCGAAACCGGAGUGAAAUUUACGCAGCUCUUCGCAUCAACAUGAACAAAUCAUUAUUUUUUCUUCUCAAAUAACUUCAGAAGAUUUCAUUUGUGAGAAGACCAUGAGUGAAGAGGAAGAGGUGCCCUUGAUGAAGAGCGAAAGGGCUGGCAGUCAGAAGUCCAGCUAUGACUCUGCGCUUCAGGUGCACCUGUACUACAGCCCCAGCUUAAAUUCAGAGACCACCCUCACCAUCCCCACCGGACACAUCACAGCGGAGAGCGUGUGUGCGCUUGCUGCUAAAGCCAGCGGAAUUCGCCCUGUGUUCCACAACCUGUUUGCUUUGGGAUCAGAGGACCUGUCAUACUGGUAUCCACCAACUCAUGUGUUUAAGAGCGAAGAGAACGUCAAAGUUCACUACAGAGUGAGGUUUUUCUUCUUAAGCUGGUUUGGUCAUGGGUCCAAAGCAUCAUACCGCUUUAGCCUCAGGAGAGGACGAAUCUGUGCUGUACUGGACUACUGCGUCAUUGACUAUCUUUUUGCUCAGUCCCGCAGUGAUUUUGUGUCUGGACGUGGCGGGAUUUCACCUGCUUUGAGUUUGCAGCAGGAAUGUUUGGGAAUGGCAGUGCUGGAUCUGUGGCGUAUGGCUAAAGAGAGAAACCAGAGCCUUGGUGAGAUCUGCAAUACAACAAGCUACAAGUCCUGCCUCCCAGAGACCCACAGACAAGAUAUACAAAGUAAGAGCCGCCUGGCGCGAUAUCAAAUCCGAAAAACGAUGAAGCGUUUCCUAAAGAAGCUUGGCAAAUGCCCGGCUGGUGAACGCAACCUUAAGCUGAAGUACCUGAUGGAGCUGAGUGGGUUGGAGCCGAAUUAUGGCUCAGAAAGCUUCACUUUGCAUCACUCUGGAUGGUUGGAGCAGAGCGAGCAGCAUAGGGUCAAAUCCGUGCGAGUGUCUGGAGAAGGAGGGAUUCAGAUACAGACCAAAGAGAGCCAGGAAUGGCAGACGUUUUGUGACUUCCCCCAGAUCACCGACAUCAGUAUUAAGCGUCUUUCUCAAGAUCAGAUGCCCCUGGAAGGAAGGGUGGUCACUCUUACACGCCAGGACGACCAUUGCAUGGAGGCUGAGUUCCACACCCUAACUGAGGCUCUGUCCUUUGUAUCUCUGGUUGAUGGAUAUUUUAGGUUGACUACAGAUUCGACUCACUAUUUCUGUGCAGAAGUGGCCCCGCCGAGCUUGCUGGAGGACAUUCAUAAUUACUGCCACGGCCCGAUCACGUCCGAGUUUGCGGUGCACAAACUUAAGAAAGCUGGAGCCAAAAAUGGGAUGUUCCUGUUACGUCACAGUCCCAAGGACUUUGACAAGUACUUCCUCACUGUUUGCAUACAGACUCCAUUAGGGAUGGACUACAAGGACUGUCUAAUAGAAAAAAAUGAGAAGUUUAUUCUGGCCGGGAUCCACAACUCAUUCUGUAGUCUAAAACAGCUCACAGACUUCUAUCAGCACAGCACGCUUCUCAUGUCAGACAUCCCCGUCACGCUGGACAAGUGCUGCCCACCCAGACCAAAAGAACUUACCAACAUGAUCAUCCUUCGUAACAGCAGUAUGACUGAGAUGCCCAGUUCCCCCAUGUUACAGAGACACAAACCAAGCCACAUGCAGUUCCACAUGAUUAAACAUGAGGACCUCAUCUGGAGCGAAAGCUUAGGUCAAGGUUCCUUCACGCAUAUCUUUAGAGGCAGUAAGACAGACCAGCGGGAUGGAGUGACACACUCCACAGAGGUUCUUCUGAAGGUCCUGGAUGCAAAUCAUAAAAACUGCUGGGAGUCGUUUUUUGAGGCGGCCAGUUUGAUGAGUCAAAUUUCCCACAAGCACCUUCUCCUGGUAUAUGGCAUCAGUGUGCACAAAUCAAAAAACAUCAUGGUGCAGGAGUUUGUGAAGCAUGGUGCACUGGACCUGUAUCUAAAGAGGAGCACAUCUGUGUCAGUCAGUUGGAAAUUAGACGUGGCCAAACAACUAGCCUGUGCUCUCAACUUCCUGGAGGAGAAGAAUAUUGCACAUGGGAAUAUUUGUGCAAAGAAUCUGCUGUUGGCCAGAGAGGGAGACCUUUCCGCCGAUAACUCGCCCUUCAUUAAACUUAGUGACCCUGGUAUCAGCAUGGCCUUGCUGGGCAAAGACGUGGUGUUAGACAGAAUCCCAUGGGUGGCCCCCGAGGUUCUGGAUACACUUGAGAUUGAACUGGAGUGUGACAAGUGGAGUUUUGGGACAACGCUGUGGGAGAUUUUCAAUAAUGGAGAAGCUCCGUUGCAGGGCCUGGACCCCAUACAAAAGCAGCAGUUUUAUGAGGGCUUCUCAAACCUGCCUGCUCUGGAGUGGGCUGAGCUGGCCGACCUGAUCUCUCAGUGCAUGCAGUACCAGCCUGAGCUCAGACCGUCCUGCAGAAGCAUUAUCCGCCAACUUAACAGCCUCAUCACUUCAGAUUAUGAGAUCCUUCACGCGACUGGCACACUUCCCAAGAGCGAUGGCUUCUGGAGAAGACCGAACAUCUUCAAAAAGCAACAACAGGAUGUUUUUGAGGAGCGAUACCUGCGAUUCAUCUCUAUCCUGGGAAAGGGUAACUUUGGCAGUGUCGAGCUUUGUCGUUACGAUCCGUGGGGUGAUAACACUGGAGAUCUGGUAGCUGUCAAGGAACUUCAGUCAGACAAACAGGCCACCAUGGCAGACUUCCAGAGAGAGAUCCAGACCAUCAGCUCACUGCACUGUGACUAUAUUGUCAAAUACAAGGGCAUCUGCUACAGCGCAGGCCGGCUCAGCACAAAACUGGUGAUGGAAUAUCUUCCUUUCGGCAGUCUGAUUGGAUAUAUGGAGAAGCACAGACAGAACGUGUGCACCCGAAGACUGCUGCUCUUUGCCUCGCAGAUCUGUAAGGGGAUGGAGUACUUGCAAAGCAUGCGUUAUGUUCACCGUGAUCUAGCUGCUCGCAAUAUCCUAGUCGCCAGUGACACUCUGGUGAAAAUUGCCGACUUUGGGCUCACGAAGAUCAUCCCAGUGGAUAAAGAGUACUACCGUGUCACGCAGCCAGGAGAAAGCCCUAUUUUCUGGUAUGCACCCGAAUCCAUUUCAGAAUUGAAAUUUUCCCACAAGUCGGACGUAUGGAGUUUCGGCAUUGUUCUACAUGAGCUCUUCUCUUACUGCGACAUCAGUCGAAACCCCAAAAGACUGUGUAUGCAGAAGAUAGGAAGUUAUGUCCAGAGUCCGUCCAUGGCUAUCCAUCUUCUUAAUCUUCUCAAGGAUAAUUGGAGGCUACCAAUGCCAUCUCAGUGUCCACCAAAGGUGCACAGUAUUAUGAUGCAGUGUUGGGAGUUCAACAGCGAGGACAGACCAAGCUUCUCCUCUCUACAGGACAUGUUUGAAAAUAGCCUGUUAGAUGAGAGAGAGAGCUGUAAAGGGUAAAAUUAUAGUUACCCUGAACAGAUCACUCCAUUUUCAACAUAUAUGUAUAUUUGAUAUAUAAGUGAGUUGAUUUUAGGACAUAUUCUUACAGUAGCUUUUUAAGUGUUUUGUUUCCUUUCAAAACAUAGUUACAGUAGAUCAGCUUGCAUAUUCGCAGUUAAGUUACAUUUACAAGAACUAGCAUUACCUGUUUAAUUGUAUUCCUUAAGAAAAUGCAUAGGACUGAUUGACUCUCAAAUAUAAAGUAAAAAUCAAGGCAAUAGCUAGGAAUACUGGGCCCUGUGCACUGAAUUUGCUAUGGAGCCCCCUCAAAAUCACGUUCGGUGGGGGUGGGGGGGGUUACAUGUGAUCGUAAAAUGUAAAUUAACAUUCAGGGGUGGGGGAUGGACUGGGCUUGAUGUUGUAGUGAGGGGCUGCGUUGGUGAUUUUAAACUAAAUCCUAAUAUUAAACAGCCAAAACACUUGUAAACGAACAUACAAAAUACAAAGAAAACAACAUGUGGAAGAAAACUGAAUGUAUAUUUGUGCUUUUGUGAUUUUAGCCCAAUAAUAUUUGUUUUUCUUUAAUAUUUGUAUUAUUUUAAGGCAAUUUUACUGUAAAUUAACCUCUAACGUAUUUUCCAUUUAUAUUCUGCAAUAUCAGGGUGUAACUUAAAUACUUAUAAUACAUUGAAAUACUUAAUAACCCGUUUGAAGCAGAGUGAGAACUUAAGACAUAUAGCACGUUACUUGUACCAGGUUUUUCAAUGAUAUCUUUUCAGACAUUAUAAAAGACGGCAUUUAAUAAAAGUGUAAAUUUAAAUGUUGA